AAACAAAGCAACCAAAAAUUCCGCCACUGAAACAUCCUUAAUUCCAAGCUUUCUAGUAUUACUCAAAAGAAAGAAAACUUUCUAGUAUUGCUCAAAAAAUAAAACUCUAAUAGAGUGAAAGGAGAGAGGGAGGCCACGGGAGAGACAGUAAAGAGGAGAAGUCCUUUCACUCUCCAAUCAAUCUCUUCACUUAUUCACAUCAUCUUUAAUAUCAAAAUCUUGUUUUGCCUCAGCACUUGCAGCUCCAUUUCCCUUCCUCUCCCUCCCAGCUUCCCUUUCCUCGAAAAUGGAAAUUAUGUAAUAACUGUCAGUAAUUGGAGCUUAGGAAAAAAUAGUAAUCGGAGCUGUUCACUGUCCUCAGAUUAUUCUAGCUUUAAGAAGCAAAAUCCUAGAAGCAGGAAGCUGCUUGAGUACAAGAUCGCAGAAGCAAAGAAAUACAACAUCAUCACAAUUUCUUAGGAAAAAAGCUACUGUUGCUCUAAGAUCCAAGAAAAACCAAACAAAAACCCAAAAAAAAUCCAUGGACUCGCUCCCAGAAUUAAUGGAGAGUUCCAACUCCGAGAACACCAACAUCACUGAUUCUAUUACCAUCAAUAACAGCUUAACUGCCGCAAGCUCUUCUUCAACAGCUUCUGCUCCUGGCAGCCGCUACGAAAACCAGAAGCGCCGGGACUGGAACACCUUCGGCCAAUACCUGAAGAACCAUCGUCCUCCUCUUUCCCUCUCGAGAUGCAGCGGUGCCCACGUUCUUGAAUUCCUCCGGUACCUUGACCAAUUUGGGAAGACAAAGGUGCACACUCCAAUCUGCCCAUUUUAUGGCCACCCUAAUCCUCCAGCCCCUUGCCCAUGCCCGCUGCGCCAGGCCUGGGGCAGCCUCGAUGCGCUCAUUGGACGCCUCCGAGCUGCUUUUGAAGAGAACGGAGGGAAGCCUGAAGCUAACCCAUUUGGGGCUCGAGCAGUUAGACUCUAUCUUCGUGAGGUUCGUGAUUUGCAGUCAAAAGCAAGAGGGAUCAGCUAUGAGAAAAAGAAGCGGAAGCGCCCCCGGCAACAGUUGCCACCACCGCAGCUGCCUCCCCCAGGUGCAAGUCAAUAAGGCCUCCCGAAAAUUCUACCCUCCUCGAUCCAGGCCCUAGCUCUUAAAUUGCUAAAAUUUCAAAAUGGGUACUCCCUCUUCUCUUUUUCAGCGUUAUGGCGUUUUAGUAGUGUCUUUAGGGUUAGUUAAAUUUCUAGCUAAAAGUUGGUAGCUAUUACAGACCGUCUGUAUGUGUAAUCUGUUGGGUUUUACGAAAGCAACGUUAUGGAUCUGAGAUAUCAUGAUUCUGCUUUUGAUCCAAACAGUGCUAAUCACUGGUAGUAGACUGUCACUGAAAAAGUGAUAGGGAGAGAUACGGUACCAGGAGAUAUGGUCUAUGUGGAACUGAGAAUAUAUAAUUUGGCUCAUAGUUUUAUGUAGUACUUGCAUAUUCAUCUAUGCAAAGCUAUAGAUUUGCAGGGUUA